CCGCUGCGAAGGCGGUUGUGGUGGGCGGCUACGUGGGCUAUGCGGCUGGAUCCGCGGCUUGGGGGCGCCGCGGCGCUCCGACUGCUGCUGGCUGCCCACGUGGUGGCGGCAUUCGAGCCUAUCACUGUGGGCAUCGCCAUCGGGGCCGCGUCGGCGCUCACCGGCUACCUGUCUUACAAGGACCUGUACUGCCGCUUCGCCGAGUGCUGCCGCAGCGAGCGGCCGCUCAAUGCGUCGGCCCUCAAGCAGGACUUGGAGGAGAAGCUGUUUGGGCAGCAUCUGGCCACAGAGGUGAUUCUCAAGGCGCUGACCGGCUUCAAGAACAACAAAAAUCCCAAGAAACCACUGACUCUCUCGUUACACGGCUGGGCUGGCACAGGCAAGAAUUUUGUCAGCCAAAUUGUGGCUGAAAAUCUUCACCCCAAAGGCCUGAAGAGCAACUUUGUCCACCUGUUUGUGUCGACCCUGCACUUCCCUCAUGAGCAGCACAUAAAACUGUACCAGGACCAGUUACAGAGGUGGAUCCGGGGUAACGUGAGUGCAUGUGCGGGCUCCGUGUUCAUAUUUGACGAGAUGGAUAAGUUGCACCCGGGAGUCAUUGACGCAAUCAAGCCGUUCCUAGAUUACUACGAGCAGAUUGAUGGCGUGUCUUACCGGAAGGCCAUCUUCAUCUUUCUCAGCAACGCAGGUGGGGACCUCAUAACUAAGACGGCCCUUGACUUCUGGCGGGCUGGGAGAAAGAGAGAGGACAUCCAGCUGAAGGACCUGGAGGCCGUGCUGUCUGUCGGAGUCUUCAAUAACAAACACAGUGGCCUGUGGCACAGCGGCCUGAUAGACCGGAACCUCAUCGACUACUUCAUCCCCUUCCUGCCCCUGGAGUACAGACACGUGAAGAUGUGCGUGCGGGCGGAGAUGAAGGCCCGCGGUUCCGCCAUCGACGAAGACGUCGUCACCCGAGUGGCAGAGGAGAUGACCUUCUUCCCGAAGGACGAGAAGAUCUACUCAGACAAGGGCUGCAAGACUGUGCAGUCACGGCUGGAUUUCUACUGAGCUCUCGUGCAGGCAGGCUGAGACGUGACUGGACGCCCAGCAGACCUGGGGCCCAGCCCGAACAAGCACUUUAAGACCUCUUCGGGGUUUGCACGUUUGCACCUGUGAACUCGUGGGAUCCGGAAGGUUCUAAGGGUUGGUUUGUGAAAUCACGCUCUGCUGUCAAGUGAACUUGUGUUGCAACAUGAUGGCAGCCCAGCUGUUCAUCACAGUUGGAAAUGAACUUUUGAAAUCUCCCCCCUCCCCGCACACACACUUAACUGCCCUUGACAGAAGUGCCUUGAAAACAGAGGCCGAGGACUCUUUCUGACCCAACGGUACCCCGACCACAGAAGCCGAACUGAAGUUCAAGGGCUAAUGCGAGCCAGGGAGCAUUGGUUUUCACCUGCCAGAAACACUCUUCAGCUGAAGUUCUUUUACAGAACACGUUCACCAAGAGGAAGUAUUUUCAGGUAACACUGGUGGCACCUUCAGGCACAGAUCGCCCCGUGGGAGAACCCAGGUCUGAAGGCCGAGCACACGGCUGGGUGAACCGUCUGCUUGUGGGGUGGGGGCUCCAUGCCAGGCCUCUGCGGCCCCGCGGAACGGGCAGGACCUCUGCUUCUGUCCGUGGCUUUGCUGCUGUUUACAACCUUCAUCGUGGAUUCCAGCUCCAGCUCUCACUUGGUGUUGACCGCAGCCUUCCUGGUACUACUGCUCCUCCUGAAUUUCAGCCACGGCUCCGGGUCCCACCAGCCAUCUCAUCUCUAGAGAUGGAUCAGAAUGCAGCCUUCGGCUUUGAGUUUGAGUCCUUGGUUCCCACGGUGGGAUGUUUGUCUGUUACAGUUUACAUGUGGGUCAGCUUUUCACUUGACUCCACAGAACCAUUUGAAAUCUGCAAAACCCCAUCUUUCUCCACAGAUGACAUGUGCCAACUGAGCUUUCGGCUUGCAGGUUCUGCAUUGCCAAAGAGGAAGUAUUGUACACUAGAAAUGCUUGAGUUUUCGAGGAUGUGGCUAUUUUUAAUAAUGUUUUUACUUGGGAAUCUUAGAUAAUGGAGAUACAAAACAUUGCUUAUUUUAAAACCUGGGAAGGGAUAAUUGCCUGUUCCUUUAUCAGAUGCUCUUAAAACAGAUGAUUGUGGCUGGUCCUGGGUGUGUCAUCUAAGAAUGAUGUCCUUUAUGGUGGUGCCAGGCUGCACUGCCCUGGCCUUGGGGAAAUAAGACUUUGAUUCCAGCCAGUGUGAAUCACUCUAUCUUGUGGUUGCAGUGCAACUGAAGACAGGUAAUGAGAACAUGCAGCUUUUUUAUAUUUAUAAGAUGUGGCAGAAGGAACGUUCCUUCAGCAUGGCAGUGCCUUAUAGAGGAUCACACUCAGUCUUUAAAAAAUGCCAAGGUGAGGCUUGAAACUUUUAGUACAUGUCCUCAAGUUGGACCCAAGUUAAAUUUCUUUUAUAACCUUUUGGGUGUGUGGUCAGGAGGAUAUAGGAUUUCUUGUUUACAAUGAUGCAAUAAACUGGCUACCUUUGGACUGCU